AUGAAAUUUUUGGUGAGUACCGUGAAACUGCACAACCUAAAGAACUCUGACAACAUUUCACACAUUCUCGAUCUAACGAGUAGACCAAGAAAUUUCUGCACCGUUGUAAGGUUUAAUUCCCGUUCGAAAUUCCAGCUGCCCACGAUAUUUCUGGCCCUUUUGGCCACAGCGCUCUGCGAGAAGAAGGCUGCCAAGGAGGCAGAGGCCCAAGAGACCUCUAGCCUAGAGAAGAAACAGGACAAACGUGGUUUGACCCACCUCGAGGGUGGUGGCGGCGGUGAUUAUGGCGGCGAUUACGGCGGAGGAGACUACGGCGGAGGCCACGAGAUCGCCUUGUCCGGAGGAGACGGCGGUGGUUACGGCGGUGGCUACGGUGGAGGCGAUGGCGGUGGCUAUGGUGGUGGCUACGGCGGCGGUGGCGGCUACGGUGGCGGUGGCGGUGGCUACGACGAAGGCGGCAAAGUAAAGGAAAUAACGAUCGUGAAGAGCGUGAAGAUUCCCUAUCCGGUGGAGAAGAAGGUCCACUACCCCGUGGAGAAGGAGGUACCGUAUCCAGUCAAGGUCCCAGUGCCUCAGCCCUAUCCAGUCGAGAAGAAUAUCCCAGUUCCAGUCAAGGUUCUCGUCAAGAUACCAGUCCACAUCCCUCAACCCUACCCGGUGGAGAAGAAGAUACCUUAUCCAGUCCACGUACCAGUGGAGAGGCCAGUUCCACACAAGGUCUACGUGCCACAGCCCUAUCCAGUGGAGAAGAAGAUCCCCUAUCCAGUCAAGGUACCUGUUCCACAGCCCUAUCCAGUCGAGAAACCUGUACCUUACGCCGUCAAAGUGGUGGAACACGUUCCUCAGCCGUUCCCAGUCGACAAGCCUGUACCCUAUCCGGUUAACAUACCUAUCGAGAGACCGUACCCCGUCCACAUACCUAAACCGUACCCAGUACCUGUCGAGAAGCCUGUACCAGUACCUGUGGAAAAGGCUGUACCUUAUCCAGUCAAGGUAGCAGUCGAGAGACCAGUUGGUAUACCAGUCGAGAGACCUGUGCCUGUCGAGGUUAAGGUACCAGUACCUGCGCCCUAUCCAGUGGAGAAACCAGUACCUGUGCCUAUCGAGAAGCCUGUUCCCUACGCGGUUAAGAUACCCGUAGAGCGACCAGUGCCUAUCGCGGUAUCCAAGCCGGUAGCAGUACCUAUUGCCAAGCCUGUACCUUAUCCGGUUAAGGUACCAGUACCUGUGUCGAUCCACAGCGGAGGAUACGGAGGUUCGGGAGGAUCUGGAGGAGGCUACGGUGGAUACGGUGGAUCUGGAGGAUCUGGAGGAUACGGAGGAUAUGGAGGAUUGGAGGGUGAUUAUGAGUCCAGCUUUGGCGGGCACUAG